AUGAUAAACAACAUAUAAAAUGUGUCAAUUUAGGUCUUACUCUGAAUUCCUGGAAGGUAUAGUGGUGCAGAUAAAUCAUAAAAGGAAAUGUAGUGAGACCACAGACAGGAAUGAUCCUCCGAUAAAGAAGAUUAAACAUGAAUCAGAAGAAUAUAUUGAAGAUAUGAAGGAUGUGGAUUUGGUGAAGGAUAUUGAAACUUUCAAUGAUAAAUCUGAAAACCUGACAAGUGUUCCAACAGCAGAUGAAAGCAAAGAUGAUGAAGGAAAGUCAAAAAUCCAGGAAGAAAAAGAACAAGAAGCACAAGAUUCCAAUGAAAAACUGAAGGUUGAGAAAAGGAACACAGAGCUGACACUGGAAAACUCUGAUCUUUCAAAAAGCAAUAUUAGGCUACAGAAGGAAAAGGAGGAAUUAUCAGCAGUUGUUGAUUCCAUCAAGAAUAAGUUGACUGAAUUCUCAUUAAAUCUACCAGUUCCUACAGCUGAGGAGGGGAGUUCAGGAGAUACAGGAGAGGAUGGUUUAAUUGCCCAACUUACCAACCUGAUCAAUCAGAACAGGGAUUUAAAGAAAAAUGUUAGUGAGUCACAGCAGUUAGUUCAGGACCUGAAGAAAGAUAAGCUCAAAGAUACAACUGAGAUUGCAAGACUAAAGGGGGAGUUACAGAAGAAUGAAAGUGACUCACAGCAGUUAGUUCAGAACCUGAAGAAAGAUAAGCUCAAAGACACAACUGAGAUUGCAAGACUAAAGAAGAAUGAAAGUGACUCACAGCAGUUAGUUCAGAACCUGAAGAAAGAUAAGCUCAAAGAUACAACUGAGAUUGCAAGACUGAGUAAUGAGCUAGUGACAAAAAAGAAGGUUGGUGAAAUGGAAACCCAAAAAAAAAGUCUUCAGGCUAUCGGAAGAAAAUACGGAGUAAGUCCUUCAUACUCUCCUACAAGUCCUUCAUACUCUCCUACAAGUCCUUCAUACUCUCCUACAAGUCCUUCUUACUCUGCUACAAGUCCUUCAUACUCACAUUCAAGUCCUAAAUACUCUCGUAGAGGGCCUUCUUACUCUCCUACAAGUCCUACAUACUCACAUUCAAGUCCUAAAUACUCUCGUAGAGGGCCUUCUUACUCUCCUACAAGUCCUUCAUACUCUCCUACAAGUCCUUCUUACUCUGCUACAAGUCCUUCAUACUCUCCUCCAAGUCCUACCUACUCUCCUUUAAGUCCUAGCUUCCUACUCUAAUAGAAGCCGAUUUUACUCUCCUAGAAGCCCUUCAUACGCUCAUGGAAGACCUUCUUACUCUCCUACAAGUCCUUCAUACUUACAUUCAAGAAUUAAAUACUCUCGUAGAAGGCCUUCUUACUCUCCUACAAGUCCUACAUACAGCGCUGGUUCUCCUUUAUACUCCCCCUGAUUACAUUUCCGGCUUACUCCUUCAAUAUUAUAUCAAAGGGUUCCAUUGUCAUUAAAUUGUGAUCAAUAUUUGAGAAAAAUGCUUUUGCUUUUA